ACAGAGACUUUGGAUUGUAGUUUUGUAGCUAAGAACAACUGAGAUAAACUGGCUGAGACUACCACUUGAACGCUGUACACUUGAUAGAGAACUGUUAGGAUGGGAAAUAGUGCAUUAAAAGCCCACCUGGAGACAGCACAGAAAACUGGUGUGUUUCAGCUAACGGGAAAGGAACUUACAGAGUUUCCUGAAGAUCUGCAGAAACUAACAAGCAACUUAAGGACGAUAGACUUGUCGAACAACAAAAUAGAGCUUUUGCCACCACUCAUUGGAAAAUUCUCCUUUUUGAAGAGCCUUGUUCUAAACAACAAUAAACUGACUGCUUUACCUGAGGAGCUGUGUAAACUGAAAAAACUGGAAACACUACACUUAAAUGGCAAUCACUUGAGGCAGCUACCGGCCGCAUUUGGACAACUUUCAGCUCUCAAAACCCUGAGCCUUUCUGGAAACCAGCUUCGGACUGUGCCUGCACAACUCUGUGGUCUUCACCACUUGGAUGUGGUAGAUCUUUCCAAAAACCAGAUCCAAAAUGUACCUGACACUGUGGGAGAAUUGCAGGCUAUUGAGCUCAAUUUGAAUCAGAAUCAGAUUUCCCAGAUCUCAGUGCAGAUCUCCCACUGUCCACGCCUCAAAGUCUUGCGUUUAGAAGAGAACUGUCUAGAACUCAGUAUGCUUCCUCAAAGUAUCCUCAGCGAUUCCCAGAUCUCACUGCUUGCAGUAGAAGGUAACCUCUUUGAAAUCAAGAAACUCAGAGAACUGGAAGGUUAUGACAAGUACAUGGAACGAUUUACAGCUACAAAGAAGAAGUUUGCAUGAUCGUUAUUCUGACCCUGUGUAUUCCCAGUAAGAAGAGUUAGUGACUGAAACACCUGCUUCACUGACUUAAACCAAGACUGAUGAAGGAGAUGAUCAGUGCACUCCUCCUGUAGUAGUCUGAUAUGAUCUGUUAAUGCUACAUUGAAUAAACUUGAACUAGAGAACAUGGGUAUUGAACUGAUGAACCUGCCCAGGGGCCAGUUCUGAUUUUUGUGCCACUAUAGCUUUUAACACAUGUUCUCCUUUGUCAGGCUCGUUAUUUCACAGAGGAAAGGAAUGAGCGUUUCAAGGUUGCCAGUUCCCUUUUGUCAGGAAGCUGGCUAUUGAUUUGCAAGGAUUAUUUCUCCUGGAAACACUUUUCUGUGAUAGCACAUGGAAGUUCUACCACC